GAACACUGAACUCUCUCUGUAUGAUCAUCAUUUUAUUGCUCUAGGUUUUCGAUCAUUCGAAAAUCGCUGCAGCUCAGGGGAGUGUGGAGCUCCUAGAUCAUCACCAUGAGCAGACAGGGGCAAACUAUAAUGUAUGCAAGGGGUGGUAGGCGAAGGAAGGUGCUUGACGUGGAUCUCAACGAUCCUCCACCAGCUGAUCAUAAUGAGCCGAUCCCACUUACAAUUAAUGUGGUUGAGGCUCCUCCGCCUCCGGUUCAGCAAGUCCAUUCGCGAAUUGUUCCUGUGUCUCUGGUCAGGCAAGAUUUUCAGCCACUGGAUCCUACGCCACCUGUACCAAUCGACGUUGAGAACUUGGAUGAUGAUGUUAUCAUAUCAACCCUCACAGAUUUCGAAGAAGCUAGGAACAGUUCUCGAAGACUUCAAGCAAGGACUUCAGUGGUUAAUGUGGAAUCAGCCGGGCCUUCUCUUGUUCUUGGUUCUCGCCGGCGCAACCCAAGGAAAAGAUCUAACCCGCAGCAUCUAGUCAUCAAUUUGGAAGGAAGUAGCUGUUCCAUGAAACAGCCUGUGGCGGCACCACCACCGCCGCCACCACCACCACCACCACCACCUCCACCUCCACCUACCUUCACCUGUCCAGUUUGCAUGGGACCAUUAGUUGAGGAGGUGACCACAAAAUGUGGUCACAUUUUCUGCAAAGGUUGCAUCAAAACUGCUAUUGCUGCUGUGCCCAAAUGUCCAACCUGUCGCCGCAAAGUCACCAAUAGGGACAUCAUCAGGAUCUACCUUCCUGCCGCCAAUUGAGCUCGAGAUGUGUGAGCGGUCAAAGAGUGCGUUGUUGGAUAAAUGUAGGGAGAUCAUGAGACUCGUUGACCAGCAUGAAGCAAACUUUUUCGUUUUUCGUUUUCUGGUUUAGUCUAGGGAUGGGGAGGUAAGUCGGGAUUCCCCAUAGGAUCACAGUUUUGUUUUGACACCGAGUGUUGCUUGGUCUCCUUGUGUUGUUGAACGUUUCCCUUUUUUAUUAAGGUUCUGUGCAGCUUAUGAGACGGUUUUUGUUUAGCACAGAUAUAUCAGUAGUUAUAUUUGGAUUUGGAUUUCAAACGAAAAUGGAUGCUUGUUUUUCGGAUUUUGGUUUCUGUUUUUGGUCAGUAUGCAGUU